AUGAGUGUCAACUUUGUAGAUUAUUUCGCCAACGAGCAUAAUGGAUAUGAUAUUUUAUAUCAAAACAUGAAAUACGGACUGAUAGCUAGCAAGGAACUCUCAGAGUAUCUUAGGGAGAGGUCGAAUAUCGAGGAAUCUAAUUCGAAACUUUUAGCCAAGUUAGCUAAACAAGCAAAUAGUAAUUGCGCCCAAGGUACUUUUGCACCUUUUUGGGGCGUACUAAAAUGUUCAGCUGAGAAAUUAUCUAAUUUACAUCAGCAUAUGUUUCAAAAAGUCAGUGAACUUGUUAAAGAUGUGGCUCGUUAUGCUGAAGAGCUGCACAAAAAACAUAAAGCUGUAAAAGAUUCUGAAUCAAGUACAUUGGAAGUAGUACUUCUCAUACAGAAUACUAAACAAGCUUUACAAAAAGCAAAAGAUGGGUACACAUCUAAAUCGGCUGAGUUAGAAAAACUCAGAAAAGAAAAUGCUUCUGCUAAAGACAUAGAGAAGGCUGAAGUAAAAUUAAAAAAGCUGCAUGAAGAUUAUAGACAGUUAGCAGAGAAAUAUAGUUUGGUUAAGCAAGAUUUUGAAAAGAAAAUGACUCAAACUUGUAAACAUUUCCAGGAUGUUGAAGAAGCACAUUUAAAGCAAAUGAAACAAUUUGUUAAUGCUUAUGCUGACAUAAUUCAAAAUAAUCAUGACCUUAUGGGACAAGUUCAUAGAGAUUUCAAGCAUCAGUGUCUUGAGUUAACAGUAGACAAGCUGUUAGAACAGUUUCUUGUUGAAAAGUACAAUGCCUUGGAAAAGGCCAAUUUAGUAGAACUACCUCCUACUUUACCAAAGCCUGGUUCAGCUAAUAAUUCAAUCUCAGAAGUAGAUCAGAUUUCUACAGUAUCUAAUGGUUCUCAUAAACCGAGUCAACCUCCCAAAGCAACUAAAAAAGAGCCAUCAUUUGCAACUAAAACUUCAAGAAGAACCACUUCCCUUCUUAAUUUGUUUACACCUAAUUUCCAAAGCAAAGAUGAACCCAGUGUCAGCACUGAAGGUGCAGCACCAUGCUCAGCACCUUCAAGCCCGAGUGGUACUCCAGCAACUCCUGUUGUUCAAGAUAAAGAUGAUAAUAUGAACCGCACUACACUCAGAGAGUCAAAGUGGUUUCGGAGUAGAAGGACAAAGACAAAGUUUAAAAAAUCUAAAAAGAAAAAAGAUGAAAUAUCUGAAAAUUCUAAUGUUGGUGAUAAGUCUGAUUUAGAAGAAAAAGAAGAGGAAGUUCCAACAAAAGAAGACAUGUUGAACUCACCUGAAGUUGACGAGGAAGGGUUUUGUAUCAGACCUAAAGAAGAAAAGGGAAGUGGGUAUUCUUCUAGUGAUUCUGACUCUGAAGAAGAGAGGGAACAAAAAAUACAUGUUGAAAUCAAACCAAUUAGCAAUGGAAAUGCUCCAAUGUCAGCAAGUGUGGAUGAACUCAGAGCAACAGUAGAAAACAUAAGCUUGUAUAAAAUUGGCACAACUCGACGCGGUUCAAAUGCUAAUACCAGUAAAGCCAGUAAUGAUUUUAUUAAUUUGAACUUUUUCCAAAGCCCCAGUGCUAGCAACCCAGCUUCACCUCAUGGUAACGUCUCAAAUCCCUAUGCUCCUUUGCAAACGAAUCAAUCGCAUCUAUUAGAAAGUCCCACCCCUGUUUCUGCAACCGAUGUUGGUGAUUUAUUUUCCGAAGUCGGUGAGAUGUCUCAAUCCAACUUUCGAACGUCAACUCCUACAAUAUCGACUAUAUCACUCCCUCGUCCUCCAUCGAGGCGCUCUGAAGGCGAUUUCAGAACAGCAGGUUCGUCAGGGUCACGCGGCCCUUCACCUCUCACUAUAGGUAUGGCAGACACAAUACCGUUAGCUGUAGCAUUCCACGAAAUAAUACACUCAUAUUUUCGUGGAACUGAAGAAUCUAAGUGUCAAGUUAAAAUGUCUGGCGAUAUGAUGCUUUCAUUCCCCACAGGUAUAGUGGGUGUGCUAGCUAACAAUCCUAACCCAGCGAAACUUUGCUUUAGACUGAAAAAUAUUCAUAGACUAGAUAACGUUCUGCCAAAUAAGCAACUCAUAAGUAUAAACGCUAUGAUGUCUACACGUGAUUCUACUGUGGUAGAAUUUAAUAUGCCAGCACUAACAUCACUUCUAAAAAGGCAGUCUGAAAAAAAUCCCACCGCGCAAUAUUUCAAUGUUGAUAUUCUAAAGUACCAAGUAAGACCUAAGUCUGGCGCUGCAUCAUGUCCAUUACAAAUGGUAGCAUACUGGAAGUGCGAGCGCGACCAUACAGACCUGAAAGUGGAUUACAAGUAUAAUCUUCACGCUAUGAGUCCACCGUCUCCAUUACUUAACGUAUCAGUAUGCGUUCCAAUAAAUGGCGCUGUAAAAAAUGUUAUAGCUAUGCCUAAAAACUCCUGGAACCCUGAAAAUGAACAAGCUCUAUGGAGAUUUACAGAAUUAUCUCAGCAUUCUGAGGAUCGUGGUGUAGGAUCGCUGAGGGCGCGGUUCGAACUGGGUAGCGGACCUUCUUCUAAAACAACCAUCUCUGCUCAGUUCAACUGUGAGGGCGCGACUCUAUCGGGCAUCGAGUUCGAGCUCAUGGGAAGCGGUUACCGUUUGUCUCUCGUCAAACGCCGCUUUGUGUCCGGAAAAUAUAUUUGCGAUAGUGAUUUGCAC